CAGCAAUGGAAACUGAAGGAACUGGAUAUGAUGCUGAUAUUGAUUUGUCUGAUAUAUCAAAACCAAAUGAAGCUACAAUUGUGCGUCCACCUAGCCCAGCAAAGAGUAUAGAUGCUACCGAUGUAGAUGCUGAAGAGCUUGAAUCCCGUGAAACAUUAGAGGAUAAGACGCAACCUGAUUCUGUUCCGCCAUUUCCAACCACAUCAGUACCACCACCGGUCCCAGUUCUGGAAAGACCCCCACCACCACCAGUUCCGAUUCCGGUUCCUGAGAGAGCUCUUCCACCACCGGUUCCAAGUUCAGAAAGACCACCCCCACCACCAGUUCCAGUUGCAGAAAGAGCUGCACCACCACCAAUCCCAGUAGGUAUCCCACCAAUACCAGCAGCAGCACCACCAGUUCCAGGAGCAGCACCACCAGUUCCAGGAGCAGCACCACCAGUUCCAGGAGCAGCACCUCCAAUACCAGGAGCAGCUCCUCCAGUUCCCCCAACUGGUGAUUUUGCAUAUGAAGACGAAGAUUCAUCUAGUUCCGAUGAAGAGGGAAAUGCUUCAUUAACUGAAGUAGCACAUCCUCACGAUCAACCAUUACGUUCUCAAACACUCGGUGUUCCACCUGUUCCCCCUCCAAGCAAUAUCCCACCAAUAAUUCCACCAGUUCCUAGAAGAGCAAAUACCGAAGCAAUCCCUCAACUUGCAAAGGCCCCAAGUGGAUUGGAUGCCAGAUCAUCAUUAGAUUCUUCGCGCAAUAGAGCAUUGAAGGGGUCCAAUACAGAUUUAGGUCAAACACAGGCUGAGGCUUGUCAUCAACAAAUUGAAAAUGAGCUUGCUAAUCUUCAAUCCAGUUCAAAUUGGUGGGUUCGCGGAGAAUUACCUGAUUGUCUUUCUUCUAAAAUUGGUCUGGAAUUGAUUUUCGAAAUUGAUUCUAAUACUGUUGCAAAGCGUGGGAAACGGACUAUCGAGUACAAGGAUUACUAUAUUUUGUUUUAUGAUUUAUCACAAUUGGUAUUUGAACUAGCAUUUGAGACUCAAGAUCCAAAAGGCACAAUUCUUUUGGUUAACUAUUUUGUGAAACCGGUUCCAAUCAUUCGUAAAGACUUGCUUGACAGGUAUCAUAAACAAUUUGGUGGUGCUAUUGUCAGCAGAGCUUCUCAGUUUUUAGGUACCAAGAUAAAUGAUGAUUUAGUUAAUCAGGUUUUUGACGACGUCAAUGCCAAUAAGCUGUUAAUCCCAGUCAUUGGUAACAAGAGCUAUGGUGUUACCGUUUACAAGAACUUUAACAAUUCCAAUGUAUCCAAACUUGAUGAUAUCAGAGCAGGUGAUAUUCUUUGGGUCAAGAACGGCAAGUUUACUACUCACAAAGGUAUUAUGGGUGGUAAAUCAAUUACCUUGGGAGAUGGUCCCGAAAACAUUUACUCGGCAAUUAUUUACGAGUAUGAUUCUAAGAAGGACAAAUUCAAAGUGUUUGAAAGAGAUGGAUCUGGUCAAAUCAAAAAGGAAAAUUACAAGAUUGGUGAAUUCAAGAGUGGUAGAAUUAGAGUGUUCAGACCAGUCGGAAGAGAUUAUGUCGAUUGGUGAAUGUUUGUAAAUUUAUGAUCUUUUUGUUAAAUAUAUUCUAUUUGUUAAAAUUAAAAUUUAAUAUACAUAUCUAUCUAU